CCGUAGCCGGAGCGGCCGUUUCCCGGAGCGCGCAGGUCUGCGCGAUGGCGGCGCAGAAGAUCAACGAGGCGCUGGAGCACAUCGCCAAGGCGGAGAAGUAUCUGAAAACUGGAUUCUUAAAGUGGAAACCGGAUUAUGACAGUGCAGCUACUGAAUACGGGAAGGCAGCUGUUGCUUUUAAAAAUGCCAAGCAGUUUGACCAGGCAAGGGAAGCCUGCUUGCGGGAAGCUGAGGCCCAUGAGAACAAUAAGGCUCUCUUCCAUGCUGCCAAAGCCUAUGAACAAGCUGGAAUGAUGUUAAAGGAGAUGCAGAGACUUCCCGAGGCAGUUCAGCUGAUUGAGAAAGCCAGCAUGAUGUACCUGGAGAAUGGAACACCAGACACAGCAGCAAUUGCACUGGAGCGGGCUGGAAAGUUAAUAGAAAAUGUGAGCCCAGAGAAGGCUGUACAGCUCUAUCAACAGGCAGCAUCAGUGUUCGAAAAUGAAGAACGUUUACGGCAAGCUUUAGAAAUGCUAGGGAAGGCGUCAAGACUUCUAGUCAGAGGACGCAGGCUAGACGAGGCUGCAUUGUCUUUGCAAAAGGAAAAAAGUAUUUAUAAGGAAAUUGAAAAUUAUCCAACAUGCUAUAAGAAAACUAUUGCUCAAGUCUUGGUUCAUCUUCACCGAAAUGAUUAUGUUGCUGCAGAACGAUGUGUGAGGGAAAGCUAUAGUAUACCAGGAUUUAAUGGAAGUGAAGACUGUGCUGCACUAGAGCAACUUUUAGAAGGAUAUGAUCAGCAAGAUCAGGAUCAAGUUUCUGAAGUCUGCAAUUUACCACUCUUCAAGUACAUGGACAAUGAUUAUGCCAAGCUAGGUCUUACCUUGGUGGUGCCAGGAGGUGGAAUCAAGAAGAAGUCACCGAAUGCUACACAAGACAAGGCAAGAGGACCAGCCACAGUGGGCUCUCAUGCUGAGGAGGAGGAGGAUGAAUAUUCUGGUGGACUCUGCUAGAUGCAGGCAUACGUUCUUUGAAAUACCUGACUUGUUUGUGAUGUUGAGCUUAUCCAAAGGUACUAAAUUUAUCAGUACUUCAUUGCAAUCAUGAUAUGGGAAUGCUAAUAUUAACUUGGCAGCUUUUGGGUACAAAAUAGGAAAAAAAGAAAAAGCAUGAUUGUACCUAUCGUCUUGAAGCGCUUUUGGAUUCCAUUUCUUACCUGGUUGGAGUUUCCUCAGAGCCCUUCCUUCAACUGACGGGGAAAAAAUAAAGAGAACUUGUUAUUAAAAACAUAGUUAGAAAGAAACCAAAAUCUUGGACAGAAACACUGGGAUAGGGAGAGGGGAACAAAAUUUAAACGGCUAGGUUUUGACAGCUGGCACUUUUUAGUCUGUAGAACUUGUCUGUGAUUAUUUCCUGCGAGUUAAACUUAUGGUCAUUCAUCUUGACACUUAGCUCCUGUCUAACAUUACUGAAGGAAGAUUGACUGUACCACAGAGUGCUUAUACCAGUGACAAAAUCUCCAGUGGGGGCAUUCUGUUUAUUUUCAACAUGAUUUUACCUCAUUAAGGAAUAUUAUUUGAACAUCAUAUUUUUUGCAAGAGCUAUCCACAGAGUCUGGAAAAUACUAGGUUAACUAGUUUGAAGCUGUUUAACAGGCUUAAAAGUACACACAUGCUUGUCUGUUAUCCAAAGAACAUUAAUGACCUGAAGUCUGGAAAUACCUGUUUGCACAGUGUUUGUAAUGUGCAUCUUAGGAUGAAACUGUUGGGGACAGCCUUUUGUGUGUUGUCUUUCCCACGAAGAGCAUGCCAUAAACAAAAGGGAAAGUGAGGGCAGCAGUAACAUACAUUGAAAAUAAUGCUCUGCAGACAAAGCUUAGCAAAAACCUAGGUGAAAUGUUUAUGAAAGUGUUCAAGCUUUGAGUGCUUCAGCUGUUCAUUUCUAAUUAAUACUGUAGGCUACAAAGACAUUUAUUUCUCUUAUAUUUUCAAGGCAUAAGACAACAAUCUUUUAGAAAUGGUAUUUUUUUGAAGUUGCUCAGAGUUUAUAAACAAUAACAAAGUUAUGUGAAGCAUCUACUUUGUAGUCUUCCUGAGUAACCAUAUUUUUGAAGUAUCUUCGGCAUUUUAAUUUGAUUUCAAGUUCUCAUGUAAACUACCAUUGUGUCUCAGUUUGACAAUUUUGUGCUUUCUAAAAAUUGAUGUACCUGGAGUCUGCUUUUCAGGAGAAUGUAACCAAGAGCUGCACUACAGUGACAUCACUUUUUAUCCAGCUGGGAUAUAUGUAUGGGUGGUGUGUGAUGCCCAGAUUUCAAUAAAAGUGUAAGUGUCAAAACGUUUUUUUGUCAAAAAAAGUGUCUAAAAUUUUUUUGCUGUGUUUACGAAUUAAAUGUCUUCAGAAACAUAAGAAUGUAUGACAUAAUUCUGAAGAAGAUAAAUUUUUGGAAGGAUAAUAUUAACUUUCCUUGCAGUGGGCAAUACUCUUCUUUGCAGCAUUGUGAUGGCUGUGCAAGCUACACCAAUAACACUGACAGCUCCUUAGAAGUUACGUUACCCAUUUGCAUGGAUGUUUGGAAAUUUUUUUUCUCUUUCUGUACUUUGACUUAUAGGCUUGGAUUUGAAAGCUAUUUGAAAUUG